AUGCCCAUCUCGCAUCUCCGCGGGUUGGCAGCCCCCAUGAAGUGCGAUAUCGUCGUCAAGCCCCCGCACGAUCGGCCAUGGUUCACCUCGGGGGAUGUGAUCGCGGGCCACGUAGGCCUCGAGGUGAAGAAAGAAACCUCGAUAACGCGCGUAGCGGUGUCUCUCAAGAUAGGGAAACUCACCAUGACCUUUGUUCCCGUGGAGGAAGAAUUUUGGAUAAAUGGCUAUCCAGAUACCCGAGGUCUCAAGAUUACGAAAAAGACUCUUGACUCCAGCCACCCUUCAACUCACAGCACCAUCGAGCCCGGCGAUGGGACCGUGUGCAGGGCAGGCCGCCUACACAUACCGUUUUGCCUACAGUUCCCUAUACUCCAAAGCUCACAGUUCUUUCCGCCCCCGAGCCUCGACAUCCGCGAGGCCGGUCUACGGGCAACGGUUGCCUAUUCUAUCCGCGCCGAAAUCACCACGGCCUCCAUGGUUCGAUCGCGUCUCGUACAUAAGCAGGCGAUCCUCUUUCGGCCUCCGAACCAUGCCGUCAUCUACGAGCCCCUCGCACUGCCGACGACCAACAUUCGGGCCAUGGUCGCGGCCGAUGGGCUGAACCCGGACAUCACUCCGCCCUAUCUCGACCCCUACCUCCCGCAGUACAGCCCCGCGCUCUUGGUAGAUUUAGAGUUCCCAUCGCCCACUAUCCUGAGCAUUGGCCAGCCGCUCCCGAUGAACCUCUCCGUUACCGCGACGGAGGAUUUGAUGGCGUGCCUCGGUUCGGUUCGUCUUCGCAAGCUUCAAGUCACGCUUAAAGCCACCACUGCGGUGCACAGUGGCCCUGCUAGCAGAGAGACCUCGUCCUCCGUGACUCUUUGCUCCGUGAAUACCGAUAUACUUCUCGUCUCGGGAGCAAAGCAAGGAACCUGCAAGAUUGACAGCGCCCUUUGGAAGAAACGACCGAUCCCCGAGAUACCCCUCUCCUUCUCCUCCGCCAAUGUUUCUCGGAGUUAUGUUAUGGACGUAGUCGUUGGGUUUUCCAGCGGAAGGCGAGAGAACAUCGAGAAUCAAUCGCAGGGAGCCGGGCGGACUUCGCUCUGCGACCUCACCGGUGGCGCGUGA